CCCCAGCGGCGGUGCGGGGUCCCGGAGGGGGUUGGGGGGCACCCCCCGAAGUCCCGGAGAUUCCGGAUCUUUAUAUAUAGAUUUGUGGUAAAGAAGGAAUGGGACUGGCAGUUGGUCCAUGCUGCCUCUGAUGCCUUUGGAUUGGAGCACAAGGAAUAGCAGAACACAGUCACAGAGCAAUGGACACUGUUAGAAAAACUCUUCUGGUCUCAGGCACAAUGGAAUAUAAGUAGGGAUCGCAUAGUCUCAGAGAACUCGAAUUACAGUACAAGGAGCAUCCAUCAAUGCUAUAGAUCACUUGAACAUCUGACCUUACAGAGACUGCAUGUCUACAAUUAAAUUCAGCCUGAAAGGUCACAGUGUGGGGUAUACAUCAACCUCCUACUAACCCUGUGUGUGAUACUGCCACUGAGAAUGAGUUAAUAAAGACAUCAGUUGGAACUGCAGCACUCAAGCUUUGUUUUCCCGUUGGGAGGACCUGCAUGACAACCUCAGAGGACACUCCUGCCAGAAAGAGAAGGUGCUUUCACCACAGAUGCCAGCAUUCUCCAAGGAUUAAUCCCUUCAUCCUUAAGUUACACCAGCUCCUGUUAAUAUCAUGGGACCUGACGGUGGUUUCCUAAGCAGUGGACAACUUCAUGUCAUUGUGUGGGGAAGUCUGGCAGCUGUAACAACACUCUUAUUCCUUACUUUCCUUAUCUUUCUAUGCUCCAGCUGUGACAGGGAAAAAAGGCCAAAACAUCAGAAUGGGGACCAUGAAAAUCUGAUGAAUGUGCCUUCAGAUAAGGAGAUGUUCAGCCAUUCCAUCACAAGUCUGGCUAUAGAUCCUCUUGUCAGCAGUGACCAGAAUGGGGGACUGAGUAAUGGGGAUGUUCUCUCAGAAGACAGCACAACGGCCUGCAUCCAGCCUUAUGAAGAAGUAAAAACGUCUGUUUCUGAUCUGUUAGACCAUCAGGACGCUCUGGGAAAAUCAAUAAAAUGUCACCAGAGCCGGGAGCUUCCCAGAAUUCCUCCUAAUGAUGCCAUGGAAACCAUCCUCUCCCCAAGAAAUAUUGAAAACGAUCAGAGUCUUGGAAUGGAAGGGCCUUAUGAGGUCUUGAAAGAUAGCACCUCCCAAGAAAACAUAGUUGAAGACUGCUUGUAUGAAACUGUGAAGGAAAUUAAGGACGUGGAAGUAGCAGCCAACACUGAGAGAAGCUGUGGCAGCAAACCAAAGUCUACACCGACAGUUGCCGAAGAUCUGGACCAGAUUCCUGAGUGCAGGACUGAAUCAGCAGAAUAUGCCUCCGUUGACCGAAAUAAAAAAAGUCGGCAAAGUACUAAUUCAGAGAGUCCUCUUGGCAACACUCCAGACAUGGAAGAUGAGGCUCCACCUCCUGUACCUGUGAAAUUUCUUGAUGAAAAUGAGAAUGUUCAGGAAAAGAGAGCAGAGGAGGAAGAAGAGGUGACUGAGGGGGCUGGUGAACCUGAUAAGAGGCUUAGUUCACUGUCUUACAAGUCUCGAGAGGAAGACCCGUCUCUGACAGAAGAUGAUAUUUCAGCUAUGUACUCUUCUGUGAGUAAACCAGGACAGGCCAUCAGAAUGCUGGAUUCUGCUUACACUAGUAUUCAAGAAGUUGUACCUCAAAGGUCCCCAUCUAUUUGCAGUGGCCUCUAUGCUAGCGUAAAGGACUUGGAAAACACCUCAGACAUUACCAGUGUGCCUCAGUCAGCGGAUAGGCCAAAUGGGGAGUCAGAACCAGACUACGAAGUUGUCCAGUCAGCAAGCCAAGAGGAAGAAAAGACCUUAUCAGUGCCUAACACCAGCCAAGCUGUUUUUCAAGGAGAGAAUGACUAUGAAAGUAUAGGGGACUUGCAGCAAAACUCUAGGGAUACCACCAGACUUUAAUUGCCCUGGCCACAAGAUUACGGCAGGUAUUAUCAACAGGUAUUUUCAACAGAUUCAUGUGAAACAAAAACAGGAAUAUUUUUCCUUUUGAACAACAGAAAGUCAAAGUAUAAGUACAGAACAAAAGUUAAAGGCAAGGAAGCAAAGCAUUUUUCAUUCAGGCUGCACUAUCUUGCUGGGGGUGUGAACCUCACUAGAACAAUUACAUCAGUUCAGAAUUUAUAUCAAAAGGGUUUAAAGGAUCCUUUAUUGCUAGAGUUUCAAGACAACCUGGGAAAGAGUACCACAUUUGUCACCUCAAAGUAAUCAUUUCUGAAAAAUACUGUCAUUAAAGAAAACCAGCUUUACAUUUUAAAAUAUUAUUCUUGUCAUUAGCUUCAAUAUAUUUCUCAAGGAUCGUUUGCCUUCAAUUUCAGCCCUCCUCUUCAAAGAGCAAAUCUCAGAUUGUCUUAGUUCCAUACUUCAACUCAGACUUUUUUGUGGGGCCAGGAAAAAUGAGUUUAACUUCUCUACAUAGGAGAAGCUCUGUAUUUCAGUAUAUUAGGACUGUGAGCUCUUGCAGCCAGAUGUGAUCAGAAAUAGAGACAGAAUAUUAAUGUGUUCCAUUCCAUUUUCAUUACUGCAGUAGUCUAAACAAAGGUACUUCAGUUCACAAGUGACUUAUAUCAAUAAUACUUGAAUUCAUUUUAUAGCAUCCAUGUUUUUUUAAGUCAAGCUUUAGAACUUGACUGUCAGUAUUUAAAGACUGGUAUUUGUAGGGGUUGUUUGUUGCCUUUUUAGAAUUAUCUGGGAGCAUAUUGCUUUAAAACUAUAGCCUUAACAUUUAGGUUCUGUCUCUCACACACAUUCAGACUUACACACACAGCAUUUGGGCAGCUGUCAUGUUACAUCUGAAGGGUUGUGCAAAUGAAUGUCCAGUCCACAUUAACGCAGCAUUGACCUCAUCUUUAAGAAAUCUGCUUCUUUUAAGUUACUCGACUUAGAUGUAAUCAGAUCAAAAUGUAAAAAACAUAUUUUUUUAUUAUGAGAAUUUAUUUACUGGGUGUGGUACGUGGGGGUUGAUAUUUUAAGUUUUAUACUUACUUCCUAACAAAUAUUCCAUGUUCAAAAAUAUAGUAUAUUAUCUUGCCAUUUUAUGUAACCAAAAAUAUUGUGAUUUUAAAAACAUUACCUAUUAGUUAUAAUAGAAGCACAUAAAUUUAUAUGUUCAUUGUUACUAGGCUUUGUCUGAUUUCUAAGCAGGUAUAUAGAUUAUGCCUUGCUGUUUUUUCAAAAAUCAAAAUCAUUCAGCCUCUGCAAAGACCACUUUGUUAAAAGGCAAAGAGAGAAAAGAAGAGGAUGAGAAAUGUUGAGGGAAAGCCACUAGUGCUCACCAUUCCUAUGCUAAAAAGUAAUGGGGAAAGAAAACAGCGAGGGAGGAGAAGAAUCUCUUGGGAUGUGAUGGUAAUUGACCGUUUUGGCAACCAGUUUUAAAACCAGUAUCAUUCUAGAGAAUUCAAGUUACAUGGUUACUAAUAAAAACAAAGUGUAUGGCUUAGGGAGAUUACAUAGAUAGGUGUUUUGCUGGUUCUUUUGUUUCUUUCAACAUACCAUAAUGGGCCACACUAAGAACACAGGAAAAUGCACCGCAUCUGGUGUGUGUGUGUGUGUGUGUUUGUAU